UCAGCGAGGUCAAUGGUGGAGAGAAAAAUCUUAACCGAACGUAACAAAAGGAGGGAAACCAACAACGGCUUAUCUUGUUGGUUUGGUUGGGGGUGGCAAGCUGAAGACAGAGAGACAGACUCUCGGCUCUCCAACUGGGGAAUGGAAAUCGGAAAGCAAGGCCUCAGAAAACUGAUUCUCAGGAAAGGAACAAACUACUACCACUACUCAUGCCAAUCUCCUUCGCAAGGAGACGAGGUCCAACUCCAAGUACAUUUCAGAGGGUGGGUUAAAGGAGGGGCUACUCUUGAAUAUGAAUCCAGUACUCAUCAUCAGAACAUUAGAAAUAUUACAAAUUGGACUACGAGUAGUACAACUACUCCACUAUGCUUCAAACUAGGCCAAUGUGAAGUAAUCAAGGGAUUGGAUGAAGGGGUUGCCACAAUGCAGAAAGGCGAGAGAGCAGUCUUCAGCAUACCCCCCAACCUGGCAUAUGGUGAACUUGGUUCUCCACCCUUCAUCCCACCCUCCUCUACUCUCUUUUUUGAUAUUGAACUGCUCUCCUGGACCACCAUUAGGGACCUCACUGGCGAUGGAGGACUUUUCAAGAAGAUAACCAGGGAUGGUCACGGCUGGGCUACUCCUAGGGAUGCUGAUCAGGUUUUAGUUAAUUACGAGGCAAGGCUUGAGAAUGGAACGCUCGUCACCAAAUCUGAGGGUGCGGAGUUCCAUAUCGGUGAUGCUUGUAUAUGCCCGGCAAUAAGCAUAGCGGUGAAAACAAUGAGAAGAGGGGAGGUAGCAGAACUUGCUGUGAAGUUCUUAUAUGGCUUCAAAGAAGAUGUCAACGGAACUACCAACACUGAAAGUUGCAUUUCAUCUGCAUCGAAUAUGGCCAUCCAACUUGAACUUAUAUCCUGGAAGAGUGUGAUUGAUAUAACAGGAGAUAGGAAGGUGGUUAAAAAGAUCAUAAAAGCCGGUGAAGGAUUUGAUUGUCCUAAUGAAGGCUCCUUGGUAAAAGUGAUAUAUAUUGGUAAACUUGAUGAUGGAUCGGUAAUGGAGAGGAAGGGAUCUGAAGAAGAACCUUUUGUGUUUGUAAGUCUACAAGAACAAAUAAAUGAGGGUUUAGAAAGAGCAAUCAUAACAAUGAAGAAAGGUGAGCAAGCCCUUGUGACUGUCGAUGCAGAAUAUUUAGGUAGCUACGGUGCUUCAGGAUUGGUUUCUGCAUCUUCAGCACUACAUUAUGAAGUCCAAUUGAUCGACUUCACAAAGGAGAAGCCAUACUGGAAGAUGGACACACAUGAGAAAAUGGAAGCUUGUGAGAGAAAGAAGCACAAUGGAAAUUUGCUAUUUAAGGCUGGAAAAUAUUGGCGUGCUUCUAAAAAAUAUGAAAAAGCUGCAAAUUAUGUGGACUUUGACCACUCUUUCACCAAAGAUGAGAAGCGUGCAGCAGAUUCGUUGCGUCUAUCGUGCAAUUUAAACAAUGCGGCUUGUAAACUUAAACUGGGGGAGUAUCAUGAAGCUUCAAGGUUGUGUACAAAGGUCUUAGAAAUCGAUCCAUUCAAUGUCAAAGCUCUGUACAGGAGAUCACAAGCAUAUAAACAAGUUUCUGAAUUUGAAAAGGCCGAGGCAGAUAUCAAGACCGCAUUAACUAUUGCUCCAAACAACAGAGAUGUGAAGCUUGAGCACAAGGAGUUAAAAGAUAAGCAAAGAGAAUAUACCCGAUAUCAAUCGGAGAUUUUCAGCACCAUGUUUGCAAGGAUAUAUGGGUAAGUAGCAAAAAACACUGUGAACGAGCAGUACCUGCCAAUUAAGCUCUGUGGUGAUCCUGCAGGUUAUCAACUGUCAAAUGAUUGGUGUGAUUCAGGCAGCUAGAUGCACUGCACUGCUCUUACUACAAUGCCGACCAACAAGUAGUCCGAGCAAUUUGCCCUUUUUUAUGUUUUUUUUGGGGGUAACUUGUAGGUAGAUAGAAUGUUUUUAGCCCAAGUGGUUUUGUGUGCAAUCUGCAUGGGCUUUUCCAAUCUACUUUGUUACUGCAAAAUGAUAUAUAUAUACAUACACACACAUAUAAUAGGUAUGGAGGAAGUCUAGUCUACCAUUUGAUAAA